CAGACAACUCCCAGAGGGGUUUCUUGUCCGCUCCGCCCGAGUUCAGCAAAAGCAACAGCAACAGCAACAGCAACAGCAACAGCAACAGGCAAACGAUGCGGUUGCCCCCAAAGUCGAUCACCGACCACGAGACGUCGCACAGGUUUGCGAAGGACCGUCGUCCUCUCGCUCCUAUCGAGCCCCGGGUUCCGGCCGUGGCGAGCCUGAGCUUUGACGAGUCUUCGCUCGCGUCCUCGGCGUCCGCCCGGGAAGACUUUUUGCUCGUCCUGGUGUCGAGCGUCUCGGGAUCGGUGGUCCAGACCAAGAACCAGAACCGGGCGCUGACCAUGGUCGAGGCCUGCGGGAUCCAGCCGGAGGUCCUGGACGCCUCGGACCCGGCAAACGCCCUGGUCCGCGACGAGCUCUUUGAGAUGUCGGGGAUCCGGGGGGUCUUUCCCCAGUUCUUUUUGGUGCAGGGCGACCGGACCUCCUUCUUUGCCGAUUUUGCCGAGCUGGAGCACAUGAACGACGAGGGGACGCUCGCCGAGUGGCUGGGGAUGGAACUCCCCACGGUUGGACCUGCCGGUGUUGCGAACGGGGAUGCGGCUGCGAGCGAGGACGCGGACGCGGAGGAUUCGAACGCGGACCAACCCGCGAGAUCCGCCCCAGCCGAUCCCGACGGAUCGAUUUCCAAGGAGUUUUCCAUGAGAGACACCGGAGUCGCUGGGAACGAGAUGGACUGCGAGCACCGGUAUGCUGCUUCGAGCAGCACCGAGGAUCUCUUCAACGUCGAUUCGGUCUCAAAGGUGUUGAACGCGAUGAGCCCAGCCCCGGUCACUCCGAGGGAACGCACGGACUCAUCGCAGAAGGACCGCGACGACGAAAGCGAGAGCGAAUUCGAAAACGAAAGCAACUUUGAAAGCUACGACGACGACGACGACGACGACAUUGACAACAACAACAACAACAACAACAACAUGAUGAUUCUCUCCAUCCCGACCGAGUCGAUAGAUCAGGAAGAAUGGUCCGAUCCGAUGUUGCUAGAGAAAUACCAGGACGAAAUACUUGCUCUGGAGGAUUACCUGCAGGAACAAGAAGAAAAGGAGGAAGAGCAGGAACAGGAACUCUUGAACGAGUCCCGGGGGAAGGCAGGCGAACCUGCGGAGACACGCCGCGGUGCGGUCGAUUACGACGGCCGCCACUCCGGUGCGUAUGUCCCUUCCGGGGAGCAUCGAACCGGCCCGAACGAGAGAACGAAUCGGGUAGGGGAGCACAACCGCAAGAUUUCCUCGGAGGACGGGGGCGAACGCUUCGUUUCUCCGUCUUUCCUGCCCGUAGCGGCAACCAUUACUCCGACGUCUUCCUCUUCGCCGCCACGGUCCACCGCAAGAGGCCGCCGCUCCGACAAAGUCGACCCCAACGACAACCAUCCAGUUCACACCAACAACUUCGUACGCACGCAUUCGGAAGCAUCGGACCCGAAGAACAACGAGAAGGACAUUCCGUGCAACGUGUCGAUGGAAACGACUUCGACGAGGACGGAAACCGAGCAGUUGCUCCGGGCCGAAAUCGAAGACCUCAAGGUCAGGUGCGAGAAACUGAAGGCCGAGCGGUACAUGGUCGAGGGACAGCUGAAAGAGGCCCGCCAGAAGAACCACGAGAUCGAGCUGCGCGCCCUGGACCACCGCAAGCAGGGAACCGUCCACAAGUACCAGCUCCAGCAAACCCUGAGGUGCGGAUACUGCACGCGGGUCUUUCGGUCGAACCCGUCGAGCCCGAACGCCCCCAUUGCCAGCCAGGCCUGCGGGCACUCUGUCUGCCGGAACUGCUGCCAGGCGCGGCUGGCCCCGGCGCGGAGGAACGAGCAGCGCCGGAGGGACGGACAUUCGAUGACCGGCAGCGAGCUCCUGCGCAGCACGAUGGCGAGCGACCUGUUCAUGUGCGUCGACAUGGACCACGUCUAUUCCGAGGCGGAGCAGGAGCAGCGGCGGGAGGGCGAGUCGUGCCCGAUCUGCAGCGCCCCCCGGGCCUUUAAGGACGGGAGGCUCCACGUGAACGAGAGCCUCUGCGCGGUGCUGAGGCUCCUGGAUCCGGCCUAGAGCGGGGGUGAGGGGGAAACC